AUGAGUAUACUGGCGCCAAAUCACUGCCAGUUGCUCACAGUUCAAGAGAUACUUCCUAUUAUUGAAACUCUUAAUGUUAAUCAAGAGUUAAAGGAUUUAUCCGAGACUUUUUUGGAAUUUCUUUCAUUUAACGUUUCUGUUCUUUUAAAAAUGGUCUUAGAAGAUACCAAAUACGAUGCAAUCAUAUAUCAGAAGAUCAUGACAAUAUUUCAAUCGAAUGUAAGAGAAAUCAGAAAAAUUUUGGCAGUUAAUGACGAAGUUGCACGAGAAAUAUAUGAUUUUGCCAAAGGAGAGUGUUAUAUUACAGAAACCAAGAAAGUUCUUAGAUUUUCUUUGAUUUUGAACCAAAUUAUCAUAAAAACGGAAUUUGACUUUCUUGGGAAAAUACCAAAUCCGAAAGUAUUCAUGACCUCUUUACUCAAGCUUUCCAGAUUCAUGUCAAUGGAGACAUUUUUAAAUCAACUUUUAACAAAUAAAACAAUUUUAGAGAAUUUCGCUUCAUUUUUUGAAACGGCGAAACUCGGACAGGCAUUUCAUGCAUUAAUUCACAAGGAAGGUCCCCACACCGAGCAAUACCUGACUCUACUCACUGAUUUUGCAAUUUCGUUAUCGCCUGACAGCAAACUCCUGCAUUCUAUUACAAAGCAGUCGAUGAUAACUACGCUAUUUACGAUCGCUCGUACUACUCUCUCAAAGAAUUCCGCUGCUUUGGCGUUCGAAUACAUCGCAAUGAACCAUUUAAACGAUUUUUUCGAUGACGAUACAGCAUUUCUUAUUAACAGCCAAUUACCCGUUGUCUGUAAGUAUAUUACGACCCACGCAAAGAAUUUUGACUGCGCAACGAGAUGCGCUGUUGAUCUCUUGAUUUCUAUCUGUAACAGUAUAUCUAAUUACGUAGAAGAGGAAGAAGAAUACUACGAAGACGAAGAAUCACCCAUAAAAACGUCAAUUUCUUGCACUUUUUCAGAAGAAUACCGAAAAGUCAAAUUUAAAGCAGCUGAAGAGAAAAAAGGACACUUCUUACCUCUGGCCGACAACAGAAUGAAAUCUAGACCCGAUUUUCCGUUUCAAACAACUUCAAAUUUGGCAAUAAACUCAAUUUCGCCAUCAAAACUAUUCGAUCCUAAUAUCAAAGGCGUGUACAAUAUAAAUAAGCCAACGUUCAAUGGAUUUACCAAAGAAGCGAUGGCGAAUUUUAAUUUAUCUUCUCUGGUUCAAAGUUGUCCAAUUUUUUCUGGUUUGGCGCCUAUUGACGAAUGUGAGGAUGAAUCGCAAAGCUCUGUUACUUCUCCAACAAAUUUCAAAGUUGAAAAAAGAAUAACUUCAGAUUAUGAGCCAAUUAUAGACGCUGCACAAGCAUUAUUAAAGUCCUCCUUUGAUAAACCUUAUAUUACAUUCCUGCAAGCAUCAAUUUUGGACCUUCUGAGCGUUAUUGACGAAAUUGAAGGUUUAAUUCCGAAGUUAUUCAAAAACUUUAACAUAAUUGAAGGAGUUGACAAGAUGAGAAGUACUAAUUGUGAGAUAUUUGAAGGAUAUAUCCAUGAAAUAUGCAGAUUACUUAAGAAUUACGACGAAUUCACUGAAAUUAUUGAAAAUAUUUCACCAGAUUGGGAAGAAAAAGAAGCUUUGUAUACUGAUUUAGAAGAGUUGCCCGAAAUGCCUCAUCAACCAGGCUCUCUUAAUGCUGAAUAA